AUGGAUUCAUUGAAGUUUUUAAGACAUAUCUCAUUAAUAAUUUCGACAAUAUUUAAAUAUUUUACAAGCGGACCCCCACAACCAUCAUGGAAUUUAAAACUUUAUUUAUCAAUAGAAUUACUUCGAUCACUUUUUUGUUCGUAUUCUGGAACAAUUGAAGAGUUACAACAGAGUAAUAGAAAUGAGGACAUCCCCUCUCAUGUUAAAAUUGAUAAAGUAAUUAUUUCACAUGAAUAUAGAAUUAAUGCUCAGGCAUACAUUGAAAGACUUGUAAAACCUUACGAAGUUGCUAUUGAUCCGAUUUGGAAAUCUCCCAGAAAUAAUGGAAUAAAUGGUGAAUUAAUUAUGAAUAAAGAUUGGAAUUUUAAUAAUGAAGAAGGUAGUUGGGAAAAAGAAAAAAUUGUCAUAUUCUUACAUGGUGGAGGUUACUGUUGUGGAAAUAUUGAUUCUAGUCGUGAAAUCCUUUGCGAGAUAUCGAAAAUAUCUGGCGCUCGUAUAUUAGCAAUUGAAUAUCGACUGGCACCACAACAACCCUUUCCCGCAGCGUUAUGUGAUGCUCUAGCAGCUUACUUAUAUCUAAAAAAUCCACCCAAUGAUACUAGAUUUAAACCGUAUAAGCCAGAACAGAUAGUCUUGCUUGGGACUGGUAUAGCUUUAUGGAGUCCAUGGGUAGACCAAACACAUAGUAUGCCAUCAUAUUCUGAUCAAAUGUUGGAUGAGAUAGAUUAUGUACCACGAAGACUGGGAAACGUAUUUGCAAAUAGACCUUCAAUUGCGUUAAGUGAAUUUAAACAGAGAGCAGAAACCAUUACAAGAAAGAUCCAACAAUCCGAAAUCAAACUAAUUGGUGAUGAGUCUUUAAAGAGAAUUGGACAGCCCAUUAACCUGUAUGUGGUAAAUGAAGGGCUUGCUAUCCCAUAUGUUAGUCCUGUUUUAGCUGAAUCUCUUGGUGGUUUACCUCCGAUGUUAAUUGAAACGGGAAAUGUAGAGCGAUAUCGUGAUGAAGCAAUUUACCUUUCUUAUCGAGCUUCUAAUCCAGAAAAAUAUCGUUUACCAGCUUACGAAACUGACUUUGAUAAUUCGCAUUUUAAAUCUCAGACCGAAGUUACACUUGAAGUAUUUGAUGAAAUGUUUCACGCAUUUCAGGCUUUUAAAUAUUGUGAACCAGCGAAAGUGUCAAUUAACAGAACUUGUAACUUUAUUUCCCGUGUAACACGAGAAGCAAUUUUAGCCAAUCCUCUUCCACUUAGGUUCAGUGUUUUAAGAAUAAGUUAUGAUGGGGAAGUCCGGCCUUUAAAUGAAUCAAGCAUUAAUCAUAUCUUGAGAUGGGAUCAAGUUGGAGUAUAUCCAGGUGUUUAA